GUGGUUCAUUGGUGUGGUCUUGUUCAUCAGUCUGGCCAGUUAGUUCUCCUACCCCAACGGUACGCAUUUAAUAUACCCCACCCUUCAUAGCCCUGAACCACCGUUUCUCACUCUCAUUGUGAUUUUGCUCUCUUUCUCUCCCUCGCUCCUUCCCAUUCAGCCGCUGCUUCUCAGGGAUCUUGCGUAGAACCGUCCACAGAUCGACUGAGAUUGUUGCUAACACUGCUUCGUUAAGCGGGACUGUUUUGGAUUGAGGAUGAAGGUCUCAGUGGUUUUGCGGGGUGGAAGAGAAAUCCUUAAAGGAGGCCUUGAUCUCAGUGAUUCGGCGACUGUAGCAGAUCUCCAGGAGGCAAUUCAUAAGCGAACCAAGAAGUACUACCCAUCAAGGCAGCGCCUCACCCUCCCUGUCCAACCAGGAUCUAAGGAAAGGCCUGUUGUCCUUAGUUACAAGAAAAGUCUUAAAGACUAUACAGAUGGAAAUUCAAACAACUUAACUGUAGUUUUCAAGGACUUAGGCCCUCAAGUUUCAUAUCGCACACUUUUCUUCUGGGAGUAUUUGGGUCCUUUGGUCCUCUACCCAAUGUUCUACUACUUCCCUGUCUAUGAAUAUUUUGGAUAUAAAGGGGAAAGAGUCAUCCACCCUGUGCAGACUUAUGCCAUGUACUAUUGGUGUUUCCAUUACUUCAAACGUAUUAUGGAAACAUUUUUUGUCCAUCGUUUCAGCCAUGCAACCUCUCCCCUUUCAAACGUGUUUCGUAACUGUGCUUAUUACUGGACAUUUGGCUGUUAUAUUGCUUACUAUGUGAACCAUCCUCUCUACACCCCUGUAAGUGAUCUUCAAAUGAAGAUAGGGUUUGGGUUUGGGAUCCUCUGCCAAGUUUCGAAUUUCUAUUGCCAUAUUUUGCUGAGGAAUCUUCGUCGGCCUGAAGGGGAUGGUGGAUAUCAAAUCCCACACGGUUUUCUUUUCAACAUUGUUACCUGUGCAAAUUAUACAACAGAGAUCUAUCAGUGGCUGGGCUUCAACAUUGCAACGCAGACUGUCGCAGGUUAUGUUUUCCUUGUGGUUGCUGCCGGUAUCAUGACCAAUUGGGCCCUUGCAAAGCACAGGCGUUUGAGGAAGCUAUUUGAUGGAAAGGAAGGAAGGCCCAGGUAUCCUCGUCGAUGGGUAAUAUUGCCUCCAUUCCUGUAGAAGCCAUGGCCAUUAAUGAGGCCAUUAAUGAGGCCAUUGCUUCUUGUUGCUCAUCUGGAUGCAGAAGUCUAGAUUUGUUGCAUGUUGAAGUUACUAGUUGUCAGACAUGAAUUUUCUCAGUUUCUCAUUAAAUUUUAUAUAUGAAGUUGGCUCAAUUUGUUAGAAGUUUUUAUUUGUUUGGCUUAUUCUUCAGAAAAAAAUUGUAAUAAUUUUCAGAUCAAGCUAGUGGGUAUUUUAGUUGUUGUGUUGUGCUGAUCAUGAUUUGAGGCUGUUGUUUAGCUUAUUAGCUGUCUGGUGGGCUAUCCUCUUGACUGGGAAAAUGAACCUCUUGGGCCCAUGCAUUCUUGGCUUAGGAUUGAUCCUUUGUUCUCAUACUGUCAGUUUUCUUUCUCUCCAUUCAUGGUUGCAGUUCUGUAA